AUGGGUUUCUCUAAUCCCUCCGUCUUUACCGCGUCAACUGUGGCUGCGGCUCCAGAAGAUCCUCUCUUUGGUCUAAUGAAGGCCUAUCGAGAGGAUCCUUCUGAUAAAAAGGUUGAUCUGGGAAUUGGUGCUUACCGUGAUAAUAACGCAAAGCCAUGGGUUUUACCUGUUGUUAAGAAGGCCGAUGACGCCAUUCACAAUGACCCCAAUCUUAACCACGAAUAUCUCUCCAUUGGAGGUCUACCCGACCUCACAGCAGCCGCUCAAAAGCUCAUUGUUGGCGCUGACAGCCCCGCCAUCCAAGAUAAACGGAUCUGCACCCUCCAAACCAUCUCGGGAACCGGCGCCUGCCACCUAGGCGGUCUUUUCCUCUCCAAAUUCCACCCCCAAAAGCCAACACUCUACCUCUCCAACCCAACAUGGGCCAACCACAACCAGAUCUUCACAAACGUCGGCCUAAAAAUCGCCUCCUACCCCUACUUCUCCUCUAAGACCAAGGGCCUCGACUUCGAUGGCAUGCUCCAAGCGCUGCGGGCAGCGCCAUCCGGCUCUGUCAUCUUACUGCAUGCCUGCGCUCACAACCCCACCGGUGUAGACCCCACACAGGAGCAGUGGCGAGAGAUCGCGACCGUUAUGCGGGAGCGCUCACACUUCCCCUUCUUCGAUACAGCAUACCAGGGCUUCGCGUCAGGAGAUCUAGUCCGAGACGCGUGGGCAAUCCGGUACUUUAUCGAGCAGGGCUUUGAGCUUUGUGUUGCGCAAUCCUUUGCGAAGAACUUCGGAUUGUAUGGUGAGCGUACUGGCGCGUUUCACUUCGUCUCUGCACCUGGUGCUGAGGCUGCCGUUGCUAACAAGCAUAUUGCGAGCCAAUUGGCUAUCCUGCAACGUCGCAUCUUGAAUGAUCCUGUCUUGUUUGCGCAGUGGGAGGAGGAUCUCCGUACUAUGAGUGGACGGAUCCUCGAGAUGCGGUCUGGUCUUAGGGAGCGCUUGGAGAGCCGGGGUACACCUGGCUCGUGGGAUCAUAUUACCUCGCAAAUUGGAAUGUUCAGUUUUACGGGAUUGACUGAAACGCAAGUGAAGGUCUUGCGUGAUAAGUGGCAUGUUUACAUGACUAAGAACGGCCGUAUUUCCAUGGCUGGUCUUAACACAAAUAACAUCGACUACUUCGCUGAGGCAGUCGAUAGUGUUGUGCGUGAGACCUCUUAG